CUGUGUCGCAGUUUUUUCGCAGGAGUGACUGGAAUUCACUGUUUCGAGCCACGACGAACUCCACCCAACUCCUGAAAAUGACAUUCCAUCCAGAACUAAUUUGUAGUUCUCUCACUUCUCCAUAGCAAACAACUAAUUCCGCAGUUCCGAGUCCGCAGCUACGCUUGGGGUUCUUCCGCUGUGUAUGGUUGUCUCCUAUUCCUCAUGCAAGUAGCUUCUAUUUUCUAGACGAUCCUUUACCCCGGUAGAUAAUCGAUUUGUGCACUCGCCGACGUGGCGGCUACAGAGGCUCCAGAGGUAGGCUUAGGGGCCGCGAAGAAGCGGCAGCGAUCCCCAGAGGUAGUUGGUAAAGGCGGAGGCGGGGCCAUGGAGCCAGCAAGAAAGAUUGCAAUAGCCGUGGAUUUAAGUGAUGAGAGCGCUCACGCGGUCAAAUGGGCUGUCAAGAACUACCUUCGCCCUUCAGACCAUGUGGUGUUGUUACAUGUUCGCCCGACCUCCGUGCUAUACGGCGCGGAUUGGGGUGCUUCGGAAACUACAGAAGAAGCUCCUGACAAAGAGACGAAGCAAAAGAUGGAAGACGAUUUCGAUGCGCUGACAGUCGCCAAGGCGAAAGACCUUGCCGCUCCGUUGGAAGAGGCCGGAAUCCAUUACAAGACUCAUAUUGUUAAGGAUCAUGACAUGAAGGAGCGCAUCUGCCUUGAGGUGGAGCGAGCUGGAGUGAAUGCCUGUAUCAUGGGAAGCAGGGGGUUUGGUGCAGAGAAGCGCUCAAGAAAGGCUCGUCUGGGCAGUGUCAGCGACUACUGUGUCCACCAUUGUGACUGCCCUGUUGUGGUUGUCCGUAUGCAUGAUGAUAAGAAGGAAGCUGAAGCUCCAGCAGCAUGAUGUUACUUCAGUCUUUCUUUGACUGACCCUUCAGCAGCCCUAGUGGUUCUCCCACAGAGUAAGGCAUGUCAGUCCGGCCAUUCAACUGAUGGCUCCGACUAACUAAACUUCAUUAUGUGACAGCUUUUGUAUGUCAUUGCUCCCUCACCAGUUUCUAGGUAUUGGACAGUGGUGGCCGCUGGUUGUAGAAAUGCUGGCCCGCCUGUGUCUGGCGCUCCACUUGUAAGAUUGUGUUUCUUGGGCUGGAUAAUGCCCUUGGCUAGUCAUCGGAUUUUUUUAAUGAAAUAUAAGAAGUGCAUUUGU